CGCCGCGUGCGGCAGAAACGGGAAGUGGGACCAAAACAAAGGAGCGGCGGCUGGGAGCGGUCUUUCUUUUCCUACCUCCUCCGGCUUCCACCUCGGCCCCGGCCGCCGACCCCCGGGAGCCGUCCGAUCAUGUCCAACAUGGAGAAACACCUGUUCAACCUAAAGUUCGCGGCCAAAGAACUGGGCAGGAGUGCCAAAAAAUGCGACAAGGAGGAAAAGGCCGAAAAGGCCAAGAUUAAAAAGGCCAUUCAGAAGGGCAACAUGGAAGUUGCGAGGAUUCACGCCGAGAACGCGAUUCGCCAGAAGAACCAGGCGGUGAAUUUCCUGAGGAUGAGCGCGCGGGUGGACGCGGUGGCCGCCAGGGUCCAGACGGCCGUGACGAUGGGCAAGGUGACCAAGUCGAUGGCUGGUGUGGUUAAGUCGAUGGACGCGACGUUGAAGACCAUGAAUCUCGAGAAGAUCUCCGCCCUGAUGGACAAGUUCGAGCACCAGUUCGAGACGCUGGACGUGCAGACGCAGCAGAUGGAGGACACGAUGAGCAGCACGACGACGCUGACCACUCCCCAGGGCCAGGUGGAUAUGCUGCUGCAGGAAAUGGCAGACGAAGCCGGCCUCGACCUCAACAUGGAGCUGCCGCAGGGCCAGACCGGCUCCGUGGGCACGAGCGUGGCCUCGGCCGAGCAGGACGAACUGUCCCAGAGGCUGGCCCGCCUGCGGGACCAAGUGUGACCGCGGAACCCGCUCUCAGGCGUCCCGGCCGCAGCCACCUUCGAAGACGGAUACUCUACGCUAGAAACUCGGAACCGGCCGGAAUGCUGAACUGCUCUUACUCAAGAUGCUUCUUCCUUUGGGUUUUACAGUGCUCUCCAGAUACACGAAGACGUCCCAGGCCUUCUCCACUCUUAAAUGGAUUUGAAAGUUCUGUAUAGCUUGUUAUCAUGUGUAUUUUUAUAGCUGCCUUUAACAGAUCUGGUUAAUUUGGCGUAUAUGAAUCUUUCUCAAAAAUUUGGUCAAAACUCUAGUUCCCGUGUAUUCAGUAUUCUGCCUGAAUUACCAGAAUUGAAGGUUUUCUUUUUAAUUUUUUGUAAUCGAUAAUAUCUAGAGUUGACGGGAGGUGAUUACUUAGGUUGAUUACAGCGCUAUCAACACCUCAUUAAGAGAUUUAUUUCAUGGGCAGUGCUAUUCUGUGUAUCCUUUGUUUAUUGUCAUCAAAUCCAGACUACAGGUGACUUCCAUCUGUUCUCAUAACUUACACUCAAAUUACUUUACGACUUUCCUGCAUAAUGUUCAGUUACUGUUUACAUCCUAUAAAUUUUUCUUAUGGUAGUUGUGUUUUUAUAACUGGAAAAAAUGCCAUGUAACUUCCAUUUAUCAUAAGAGAAAAGUGUUCAUUUAUGGUUUUAAGAUUUACAAGGUUUAACGUUAGUAUGACAGUUUUUUCCAAGUGAACUUCUCUCUCACCUUUCUAGUUAUUUUCCUAUUUAAUUAGACUUCUUUUCAAGUAUGGCAAUUAGCAUGACAGUCACAUUACUCUGACGUUGCCAAAGAUCCGUUGAUUGGUUUGAGAAAGCCCUGGGACUGUGUGUAUGUAGGUUUUGUUUUGAUUUUAAUCAAAAAUAGAAAUAAAAUUAAAACUGCAUUUUAGGUUCUAA